AUGAACCGUUGCAUCUUUCAGACGAUUCCCAUUUGGCAGAACAAGCCCCACGGCUCAUCACGCAGCGUUGUCAGGAGGAUCGGGUCAACCCUUCCUCUAAAACCCUGUCCCAGAGCAACCUUUGAGGUUCUGCCAAACGUUUCAGAACUCUAUUUAAGUGACGUCCCUCCAGUCCCCACUUUAGCAGACGUUGUGUGGAUAGCAGCAGAUGAUGAAGAAACGUAUGCCAGAGUCAGGAGCGACACUCGCCCACUGAAGCACAAGUGGAAGCCCAGUCCCUUCACUGUCAUACAGCGAAACGCUUCAGUCCCCAACCUGAGGAAGCAGGAAGAGAAGCUGCUCGCCUUGAAGAAACCUGGUUUACCAGCACUGAGCCGAACAACUGAGCUCCAGGAUGAGCUGAGUCACCUUCGGAGUCAGAUAGCUAAAAUAGUGGCUGCGGAAUCAGCUUCUGCUUCAUUAACACCAGAUUUAUUAUCUCCAGAAAGUUCAAAUGCAUCUUCUCCUUUACCAUGUUUUGGACCCUCUUUCCACUCUACAACUUCCUUUGUCAUUAGUGAUAUCACAGAGGAGGAGGCAGAAUUAGAAACCCCAGAGCUCCCAUCAGUUUCCAUGCUUUGUUCUGCGACCUCUGAAUGUUGUAAACCAGAACCAAAGGAUCCUGACGAGGAAGAUUCUGUGUCCCUUUCGAAGGCCAGCAGUUUUGCGGACAUGAUGGGCAUUCUUAAAGACAUUCAUAGGAUGAAGCAGAACAAAGACUUAAAUCGAACUUCAAUGAAAGAGGAAGACCCUGCUGUUCUUAUAGCAGAAGUUUUGAGAAGAAAAUUUGCCCUCAAGGACGAAGAUCUAACCAUGAAAGAGAAAUGAUGUUACUGUCAUUAAACGCCGUAAGCAAGUGUUAUGUGCCCCAAAUUUUCUCCACAGUAGCUGCCUUCCUAAGGAUGGAACUUUUUUGCCUCUUUUAUUAAUUAGAAAUUGUUUAUGCACCGGACACUUACUUAGGCAAGGCCCUGUCGAUCUGAAGUGUUUUCAAUGUAUUGUAAUAUUUAAGAAAAAAACUUUUUAAGAAGAUGGAAAUUCUUUUCCACCUGUAUUUAGAGCUUGAUUUUUUUGGUAAGGCUCUUCAAAAGAGUGCAAUGAGUGCUGCUGGAUGAAGUUCUUUCUACCUACAGUUUUCCUGAGGUUCAAAUUAAGCAGUCAAGUUAACUUAUAACUACUGUCUUGCUGCAAUAUAACUUGUUACCCAUUGUAGUACAAGUGGAUGUCAAACAUCCAGUUCUUCCUCUACUGUGAGUCUGGUACAGAGCUAUUGAGAAUAAACUGGUUCAUGCUUUCAGGUCUUCAGUGUUUAGGAAGUUGUUGAGUCAAGGAGGUAAAAAGCUGCUUCCCACCAGCCUUGUCUAAGCUGAUGAUUAGAUGGAAGUGAAGUAAAUGAUCAAACCAUUCAGCUAUGCCUAAGGGGUGCUGGCUGGUUAUAAUAGGCCCUUGAUGUUUCUUGACUCACAAAUCAUCCCUGUAGUUGCAUGACAGAAUGGCCUUAAUUUCUUGCCCAUACUUUCAUGUUUCGUUAACAGUCCUCGUAUUCAGAUGAAAUGUAUUUCACUUAGUAUUCUGAAAGGUCUAUAUAUUGAACCACUGAGCACGACAAGAAUUGUCAGCUAAGCAAAGGGAAAUCGGCAUUGUUUAUGGUUACAGUUCUCACUAAUUGAAGAUGUUUCUUUCAGCUAUGCUCACUCUGCAAUGUUCCUCAUGGCUGUAUUUAAAGUAUGAUUUUUUUUUCCUUUAUAUAAAAUUGAGCCUUAAUAAGA